AUGGACAAGAGCUCAGCUAAUGUUAAGACUGUUCUUGUCAACCUUCGGCUAGCCAAACGCCGAAACUUAACCUUCGCAUCCACUGCCAUCCCGACGGCAACACCUGCACCGUCUUUAUCUCCAAGAUUAAUGCUUGCCAAGUCAAUGGCAUCAAAGCGCUUGGGCAGCGCCAUUUUGGAUGGCAUCGACUUCGACAUUAAGACCAGCGAUGGGCAGCACUGGGACAUGCUUGCUAGAGCUUUGAAGAAUUUUGACCAGCAACUGAUUCUCUCAGUGGCACCGCAAUUUCUACAACAACGCUCCGUGUCACUACAAUGGAGAGACACUAACAAUCUUUUGACCACUUGGAACCAAUGGACCGCCGUGCAAGUCGAUCAGGUGUUCUUGGGGUUUCCAGCAUUGGUGGAUGUGGCCACAAACGGUGGGUUUAUUCCAACGGACGUGAUGAUUUCUCAGGUUCUUCCAGCAAUCAAUCAGUCUUCCAAGUACAGUAAAGUUAUGAUCUAG